UAUCUUCCCCUCCCAAUGUUUUCCUUUCGAUUUAACACGCUUGUAUACUAUAGUAAAGUCGAUUUGAAAAUCGAUUUAAUCGAAAACUACCAUUUCUGAAAAGCAGUUUUUCGGCGGAUAUUAUUGAUUGAUGAAAAUCGAUCGUUUCAAUUUUUCGUAUUUCAGCUCGAUAUAAAGCAACUAAUGGCUAGAAGUUCUACUCAAAAUUAUCGGAAAAAUCAGCUAAAAGUACAUCGAAAAUAAUGUACUCGUACCUACACCUCAUUCGAAGAAAUUUUGGAAUUACCAUCAGGCUUGAAAUCCGAUGGUGAAGGGGUUGCUCAGACUCGGAGAGGUUAGUUUGAGAAAAUAAGUGACUGAAUAUUCGAACUCCUCCCCCCCCCCUCCCGUCCGGAAAGGUCGAGAUUCCAUCUUGAAAAAUUGGUUUCGAAAAAAUCGUCUUUUUGAGACCAAUUUUUUAAUAAUCGAUUUUCGAAAAAAAUCGAUAUCGCAAAAAUCGAUAUCGCUUGUAACCUUACAGUAUUUCGCGCGCGAGAGUGACGAGUUUGAUUCACAUUGUACUUGAUUAUGUACCUAUGUAGUUAUUUGUGCAGCGGUUUUUUCAAAAAGUGAAUGUCAUGUUAAAAUGUUGCGGUUUAAUGCUUUGUUGUUCCUGUUUCUAGUUCAUAUUUUAUUCGAACUCGGAGCUGCGAAGCCAAUUGCUGGCGGCCGUGACGCAACGAUCGCUGAAACUUUGAGUCUUAUCCAAGAAGCAGAUCAAAUUAUUGGAAAUAGUACUGCGAAAGAUGCGAUAAUAGUACAUGGUAUCAGUGGAGUGGGAAAAACGCCGUUUACAAAAUGGAUGACGCAAGAUAAUGCCAAAUUAAUGUCGGCAAAAAAAAAUGGCAGUGGCCCGUAUUUAAUGAAAGAUAACGAUAAUACUAUCGGUAAACGUAUCCUCGUAUCUGCGACCAUAUUCCCAACCCUGUACGUAAACGCGUCGACAAAUUUGGCUUUUUACGAUUUUCCCGGAUUUGAAGACACUCGCGGUACGAAUUACGAUAUAGCUACGACUUACGCGGCCAAAGGAGUUGUAUCGAAAACCAAACGGACGAAAUUAAUUUUUCUCGUAGAUUACGAUACUGUAAAACCAAUAGCUGGUCGAACCGGUUUUAGGGAUUUAUUAACGUAUAUAUCUAAAUUUGUCACCGAUAUAAACAAGUUCAAAGAGAGCGUUGCUAUCGUAGUAUCGAAAGUGCCGAAGCGUAAUGAUGAUGAUGAGGUAGUUUCUGACGAGCAAGUUAUUAAAGAUGUCGUUAAAUUCAUCCAAGAAGAAGUAUUGCCUAUUUUUCAAACAGAAUCGGAAAAUAUAAAUUUAUCCGAUGAAAAAAAAACUUUUUACGCCGGAGCGUUGUCUUUCAUACGUAUAAUUCUAACACAAACCGACGGCGAUUACAUGAGAAUAGGACUUUUCCGAUUACCAGAUCGAGCUGGACCUUUUAGUAAUAUUUCUUUAGUACAAAAUGGAAAAAAGCGAAUUGAACAAAUAAUACGUAAACUGAACUUUACCGAAGUCACUGCGAAUGAUUUCAAUUACGUUAUACCGGAUGAAGCUACAAUUAACCUGAAUAAGAUCGCGCAAGAAAUUAAUCGCAAUAUAAGCUCGGUUAUCGAAGAAAUUGGAAAAAAUAUCACAUCACUGAUUUUGGCUAAAGAACAAAAUAUUUCUACGGAUAUAACGAAACUGCGUAAUGAAAUUCAUGCCAUAUAUAAAGGAUUAUCAAAUGCGCAAAUAUUAGCAAAUAAUUCCAAUAUUGAACGAUGUGUGGAACUAGUCGAAGAACAUACUGCCAAUUUGCGUGAUUUUUCGUUAAGUGCUAUAAAGUCGUAUGUACGUUUUUUAUUGUUUUUACAAAAUGUCAGCGGUAAAAAGAUUGCUCGGUCUAAUGAGAAUUGUUUCCAAGGACUAGAAACUACUGCGAUUCGUUACCUGGACGAGUCUCUGAAAUGGUACACAUUUUUAACGAAUGUUUACGAUAGUUUGUCAGAUUAUGCUGUGCAGAAAGAUCUUACGACGUGUAAAAAUGUUGUUCCAAAUGUGAAUAUUAAUGAAGGGGAGAAUCAAUCGACAAUUCGAGAUAAAUUGAGCUCAUUUUUCAAAGCAUGUGUGAUAAAUAAUCGCGAAUAUGAUCAUUUACACGGUAUACACCUCGAUGCUUCUAAAUUGAAAGCGCUGAAUAGGAUACUGAAUUAUACGUUACGGCAUUCGUCGAACUUGUCGUGUGAUCCUGAAAACCCAGAAAAGUUGGUACUGAAAGGACGAUACGUUAAAUUUAGCGAUAUCGUUAAUUCGAAUGUAAAAUGCUCAAAACCGAUAAAAAUCAUGGAAGUAUUCGCAUUCAACAAAGUAUUCAUCGACGCGAGUUUGAAUAAAACUGGCGCGAAAUUGCGACUGUCCAUCUUGGCGCCUAUUUGGGAUAUUCAACUUGAACAAAAAAUAAUAUUGGACGGAUUACCUGGGAAGGCUCAUAAACCAACUCAGGCUUCUUCUGCUGUGUAUCGGGGUGGUAAUGGAGCAAACGGCAAAGCGGGUUUGCCCGGGAAUUCUGCGGGCAGUUUUCUGGGUAUUGGUGAGAUAUUCCUCAAUGUUGAGAAACUGACGAUUUCGGCCAAUGGUGGAGAUGGUGGUGCUGGACAACAUGGAGGAGAUGGUGGAAAUGGAGAGAACGGAAUUACACCUACAGUAGAUUCGGUUACGUUACACGAGUCUUAUGUAAAGGAAGGUUCACUAGAAUCUACACGGCUGAACGGGCUGAAGGAUCGGACCUGGUUACGGAAAGCCUACCCCAAAAAGAAUUGUACUUAUGGUGGAAAUGGUGGCGCUGGAGGUAAGGGUGGAUAUGGUGGACAACCAGGCGUUUUCUUCAUUCCGCUAAUUAGAAAUGUGCCAAUUCCACAUAUAUUGAAUAAAACUGGAAACACAGGACCUGCUGGUGUAGGAGGACGAGGGGGAAAUGCAGGAGAACCUGGAAAAGUCCUUUUUGCACUGUAUAUAACGUAUGAUAGGUCACCUUGCUUCGGUUGUUCUUCAUCUAAAUAUGAGCUGGUAAAUACUACCGAUCUUCUGCUAUGCGCAGAUGGCGCACCUGGAAAUAACGGUACUAUAGAAUCAAAUGCCACAUCAGAAACUAAGGUAUCUUUUUCCAAGUUCAUUUCAACGAUAAACGAUUAUAAAAAUUAUUUGAGGGGAGAUAUGAUAGAUGGCAAAAUUCCUGUAAAUGACACCUUUUUAGAAAAUUUCCAUAAUUUGCUUGAAAACAGCACCCAUACAUACUAUGAUACGUCAGCAUUUAUCAACGAGUUGUACAAUUUAGAGCGUCAAUUUAUUACUAUAAAAGACUGACGCUCAAUUCACGUAACCCACUUCGAUAGGUUACGUGAAAGAAAGUUACUUUCGUUUUUCUACAAAUCAUUAUUCAAACGAAUUAAUCUUUACGAAAAUGCCGAACAGGAGAACGCAUUAUUGAAUUAUUUACGUAUCGCGAUUCUUAGUAAAAUUGGCAUCAUCGACGAUGAUCCGAACGAUUAUUUAGUUAUCGAUAUUAAAAACUAUUUGCGAAAUUCUCGACAACAUAUAGCCGAGUAUACAAAAGCAUUGAGGGAAGUUAGAAGAGAUAACCAAGCCCAACGAUACGAAAGCAUAUUUAGCGAAGAAAUAAGCCGGGCUAAUUCGAUAAUAACGGAACAGAUUUUACCUACAAUUGACGACUUGAUCAACAAAACAGACGGUGAAGUUAGAUCGUUACUCGCAGAAGUAAACGCAUUAACAGCAAACGCGGAGAAAGCUCAGCAGGAAAUG